AUGCCAGGCUCGCUCUUGACUACCAUCGACCAAGGCGUGAUGGACGUGUGCCUCGUCACGAUUGCAAAGGAGCUGGCGACGCCGCUGCACAGAGCGCAGUGGGUCGUGCUCGUCUACCUCCUGCUGAGCGCCUCGACUCAGGUCGCCGCAGGCCGCUUGGGCGACCGCUACAGCAAGCCGCGCGUGUACCGGGUCGGGCUGCUGAUCUUCAUCGGGAGCUCCACCAGCUGCGCCUUUGCGCCCUCCAUCGAGGCGCUGAUUGCGCUGCGUGCCGUGCAGGGCUUGGGCCAAUCGCUCAUGAGCAGCAACUCGCUCGCGAUGGUCAAGUUCUUCACCAGGCCAGAGCAGACCUCGGUCGCGAUCGGCUACAGCCACAGCAUGAUUGGCUUGGGCAUGAGCCUUGGGCCGCCGCUCGGCGGGCUGCUGACCUCGGCCUUCGGCUGGCGGAGCGUCUUCCUCAUCAACCUUCCCACAGGCGCGCCAUCCAAUUUGUGGUUCCCCACUUGCGUGCUCGCGAUGGCGCUCGUCUGCACCCUCCCCGACACGCCCGCGUCCGGCGGCGUGUCGCUCGACCCGGUCGGCAGCGUGCUCACCUUUGCGUCGGUCGGAGGAAGCCUCUUCACCCUCUCGGCCGCGCAAGAGCAGGAGGCAGCAACCUCUCUGUGGAUGGCGGUCGGCUCGGCUCUCCUCCUCCUCCUCCUCGCCCUGUGGCUGCGGUGCGCCGCGAGGCCGCUCGUGCCGCGGCCUGUGCUCGCCUCGUGGCCGAUCCGCUGCGGCGUCCUCUCCGCGUGCGGGCUCUACUUUGGCGUCUCGCUCGCGCGCUACCUGACGCCCCUGUACCUGCAGCUGGGCAUGGGGUGGAGCCAGGCAGACACGGGGCUGGCGAUGCUGUGCCAGCCGCUCACCUUGCUCCUGGGAGGGCUGGGCAGCGGGCGGCUGGCGGCGCGCCUAAGCGCCAGGGCGCAGACCGCCCUCUCCCUGCUGCUGCUCGCGGCGGCCAUCCUGCUGCUCGGCGCCGGCCUCGGCUCCUUUUGGCCGAUGGGAGCGAGCAUGGUGCUGCUGGCGGCGGGGCAGUCGCUCUUCCAGCCCGCGAACGCCGGGUUUGUGCUGGCGUUCGCCGCGCAGGAUCAGCUCAGUGUCGUCGGCGCGCUCCUCGGGAUGGCGAGAGGAAUCGCAUUGCCCCUCGGCAUCGUGUGCUGCAACGCGCUGCUGUCGGCCCUGUCGCCUCCGCAUGCGGCCUCGCUCGACGAAAAGAACGCCUCGUCCACGGCCGCGACGGCGGCCAUCGAUGCCGGCGCCGCUCGCACCACCGUGUGGCUGUAUCUGCUGCCCACGGCUGCGGCGUUGGCCGUGACUCUGAUGCGCGGCAAGCCGCCCGAGGCCAUCUCCGUCGCACGCAGGACGAGUACCGAGAGCAGCGGCCCUGUGCGUGUUAGGUCGUAA